AUGACCACGCUGGCCGGCGCCGUGCCCAGGAUGAUGCGGCCGGGCCCCGGCCAGAACUACCCGCGCAGCGGCUUCCCGCUGGAAGUGUCCACUCCCCUCGGCCAGGGCCGAGUCAACCAGCUCGGAGGCGUCUUUAUCAACGGCAGGCCCCUGCCCAACCACAUCCGCCACAAGAUCGUGGAGAUGGCCCACCAUGGCAUCCGGCCCUGCGUCAUCUCGCGCCAGCUGCGUGUGUCCCACGGCUGCGUCUCAAAAAUCCUGUGCAGGUACCAGGAGACUGGCUCCAUCCGCCCAGGAGCCAUCGGAGGCAGUAAGCCCAAGCAGGUGACAACGCCUGAUGUGGAGAAGAAAAUUGAGGAAUACAAAAGAGAGAACCCGGGCAUGUUCAGCUGGGAAAUCCGAGACAAAUUACUCAAGGAUGCAGUCUGUGAUCGAAACACGGUGCCCUCAGUGAGCUCCAUCAGCCGUAUUCUGAGGAGUAAAUUCGGAAAAGGCGAAGAGGAGGAGGCUGACUUGGAGAGGAAGGAGGCAGAGGAGAGCGAGAAAAAAGCUAAACACAGCAUAGACGGCAUCCUGAGCGAAAGAGCCUCAGCACCCCAGUCAGACGAAGGGUCUGACAUCGAUUCUGAACCCGACUUACCAUUGAAGAGGAAGCAGCGCCGGAGUCGAACCACCUUCACAGCAGAGCAGCUGGAAGAGUUGGAACGGGCUUUUGAGAGGACCCACUACCCUGAUAUCUACACCAGGGAGGAGCUGGCCCAACGGGCGAAGCUCACUGAGGCCCGAGUGCAGGUCUGGUUUAGCAACCGCCGUGCAAGAUGGAGGAAGCAAGCUGGGGCCAAUCAACUAAUGGCUUUCAACCACCUCAUUCCGGGGGGAUUCCCCCCCACUGCCAUGCCGACGCUGCCGACGUACCAGCUGUCGGAGACCUCCUACCAGCCCACGUCUAUUCCACAAGCCGUGUCGGACCCCAGCAGCACCGUCCACCGACCUCAGCCACUUCCUCCGAGCACUGUUCACCAAAGCACUCUUCCGUCCAACCCGGAGGGCAGCUCGGCCUACUGCCUCCCCAGCACCAGGCAUGGAUUUUCCAGCUAUCCAGACAGCUUUGUACCUCUGUCUGGGCCCUCCAACCCCAUGAACCCCGCCAUUGGCAAUGGCCUUUCACCUCAGGUAAUGGGACUCCUGACCAACCACGGCGGGGUGCCUCAUCAGCCCCAGACAGAUUAUGCGCUCUCCCCUCUCACGGGAGGCCUGGAACCUACCACCACGGUGUCGGCCAGCUGCAGUCAGAGACUAGACCACAUGAAGAGUCUGGACAGCCUUCCAACAUCUCAAUCCUACUGCCCACCCACCUAUAGCACCACAGGCUACAGUAUGGACCCUGUUACAGGCUACCAGUAUGGGCAGUAUGGACAAAGUGCCUUUCAUUAUCUCAAGCCAGAUAUUGCGUAAGUGAACUGCCCACGUGGAGCUUUAACUGGCCCUGUCUCUGGUCUCCACGCUCUAGACACGAAGAGUCUUCUCAGAACAAUCCCUCUCCCUUUGGGGGCUGGGGUGGGGUGGGGGCGUGAGGCAGCCGCGACGGGAGAGUGAUUGGCUUUA